ACAGGACUCGGGAUGCUCAACACUCUUUAAUGCAUUUUGUUUUAAAUGUGCAGUUUCUAACUUGGCUAAAAUGGACACAUCUCCAGUCGAAGUUUAAUCGAUUUGAGAAAUGAAACCGCUGAUCAAAUAUUUGUGAAUUUUUUGGAUGUUUUUAAACACGCGCACGCAAGAAAACAAGAUUUUCAUGAUGAAGAUGAAUUGUGGCGAACUGUUCUGGAUAUGAUUCAUAUAUUUGUUUUCUUCGGUCUGUUCCUGUGUUUCUCGAAAGGUGUGUUUGGUGUUGAUACGGAUGGAUUGAAGUCAGUGUCGGUGAUGGAGGGAGAUUCUGUCCCUCUACACACUGAUCUUACUGAAAUACAGAGAGAUGAUCAGAUACUGUGGAUGUUUGGACCUCAAGAGACUCGAAUAGCUGAAAUUAUUAAACGGGCCAACUUGAGCUUUAUAGAUGAUGGUGAUGAUGGAAGAUUCAAAGACAAACUGCAGUUGGAUGAUCAGACUGGAUCUCUCAUCAUCAGAAACAUCAGAAUCAAACACUCUGGACUUUAUAACCUAAUGAUCAUCAGUAACAGAGGAAACUCAUACAAGAGAUUCAAUGUUACUGUAUACGCUCCUCUGCCUGUUCCUGUCAUUAUCAAUAACUCUUCAAACUGUUCAUCAUCAUCAUCAUCCUCAGGAAGAUCAUUGAGCCCAAAAUGUGUCUUUCAAUGUUCAGUAAUGACUGUGACACAUGUGACUCUCUCCUGGUACAAAGGAAACAGUUUAUUGUCCUCCAUCAGUGUGUCUGAUCUCAUCAGCAGUCUCUCUCUACCUCUGGAGGUGGAAUAUCAGGAGAACAACACCUACAGCUGUGUGAUCAACAAUCCCAUCAGAAACCAGACUAAACAUCUCAACAUUAAUGAAGUCUGUCAGAUGUGUUCAGAACAGACACGUUCAUAUCUCAUAUCACUGAUAGUUGCUGGAGUGAUGGCAUUGGUGAUAAUUGCAGUUUCUGGAGUGAUUUACUGCCACAUCAGAGAUCGCAAACAAGCAAGUCAAGAGGGAAACUAAUGGAGCAGAUCUCACCGAAUACUCGAGUGUUAAGACAAGCUAAGACCACGUCAACUCGACUUUGCAGGAUUUAAUUAGUGGCCGACCCGCUCUACCAACUGAGCCACAGCCGCCCCACAUGUCAUAUCUGCCUUACAAAGCAUCGGUGGUUCUUUACACUUUCGUAUUUCAAAGCAAAUAGUUAACAAGUCACAGAAUCAGUUUUAUAACACAAGAACUGCACUGGAUGUCUAGAUGUGUCGUUUUUAAGUAUUUGAGAUAUUAAGUUUUGUGUCUGUAUCCUCAAUUGUUUCCGUUAUUUACUAACCAUUUUAUUAUUGUUUGAUGUUGCUUUGACAUGUAAGUGAAUAACAUUUUAAUAGACUUUGUGGAGUAGAACUUCUUUUAUACUGUUUUUAUACUGUUAUUUACCAAAUAAAUCUCUGUUAAUA